UAAUGUUAGCCAUUUAGCUAACCAGCUAGUUGAGCUUAGGCCGCAGUCUUUUGUGUUUGGGCAUGUUUCCUGCUGUUCUUAUGGAGUAUGGUUGGUGUGCGAGCAGAUGUUUCAGCACAUGUUUUCACGCAAACAAUACAUGUCAAAUCAAAUGCUUUCAAACGCUAAGUAAAAACAAUACAGUUAGCAUAGGUAGCUAUCAAUCCGCUCUAGUUGCUUCCGCAAAAUCUAACCUAUCUUAACGUGAGGUUAGUAUUACUUUCGUCCAAGGUAGGUCAACUAUAACUCCUGCUACCUAAUUCAGGGACCAUUCUUAAGACCAUGGGUAAUUUAUCUUGUCAAACAGCUUCUCGGUUGUAGAGCUUGCUUGCUUGUUGAACGUGCGUGUGUGAAUGCAUUUCAUUUGUUUUCAUUUGAUACUUUGGCAGACGGGCUAACGCAUUGGCAAUGCAAGUUUAGGUGUUGCAUAAUGUCCAUGCAACGUCAGUUUGCUUUUCUUUCCUGUAUUGACAGAUAAUGUUAGCUUGCUGACGCUGGAAUGCGUCCUGAAACAAGAUGCAAAGCAGUAGAAGACCUUAAAAGGUUUCCUCUUCUAUGGUGAGGCACUAACACCAGAGGAUUGCACACUGAUCAGCAAGCACAGAGCCAGUUUGAACAGAAAGGCCGGAAAGAGAAGACACGGGAUCUUCUGGAAUGGCAGGUGGUCGGAGAGGAGCCAACCGGACCACGUACUGCAGGUCUCCGCUGGGCAGCGAACAAUCUGUUGGCAAUGGAAGCCACUCAACCAGCUCCCCAGUUACAGGGGUGCGGUCACGGACAAGGAAUGGCUCUGGGACCAGCAUGUCCAGCCCUCCUCUGGCAGCCCAGACGGUCGUCCCUCUGAAGCACUGCAAGAUUCCAGAGCUGUCCAUGGAGAAGAAUGUGCUGUUUGAGCUCCACCUGUUCUUCUGCCACCUCGUCGCUCUCUUUGUCCACUAUGUCAACAUCUACAAGACAGUGUGGUGGUACCCACCAAAUCACCCACCCUCCCACACCUCACUGAACUUCCAUCUGAUUGACUACAACAUGCUGAUAUUCACUGUCAUUGUGUUGGCACGCAGGCUUAUAGCAGCAAUCGUAAAGGAGGCGUCUCAGAGCGGUAAGCUCUCGUUUCCCCACUCCAUCUUCCUGGUGACGGCUCGCUUCGCUGUGCUCACCCUGACUGGCUGGAGUCUGUGUCACUCACUCAUCCACCUUUUCAGGACCUACUCAGUGCUGAGUCUACUGUUUCUGUGUUACCCCUUUGGAAUGUACAUUCCCUUCUUACGGAUCAGCUGCGACUUCAGCCGCACCGGGCCCCUCUCGCCCAUCGCCAGCAUUGGCGCCAAGGAGAUGGGCAGCAUGGCACGCGGGCGCGACUACCUCUCCGUGCUGAAGGAGACGUGGAAGCAGCACACCAGCCAGCUCUACGGCGUGACGGUCAUGCCCACUCACGCCUGCUGCCUGUCCCCUGACCUGGUGCGCAAGGAGGUGGAAUACCUGAAGGUGGACUUCAACUGGAGGAUGAAGGAGGUGCUGGUCAGCUCCAUGCUUAGUGCCUACUACGUGGCCUUUGUGCCUGUGUGGUUCGUCAAGAGUACUCAGUAUGUGGAUAAGCGCUGGUCGUGUGAGCUCUUCAUCCUCGUGUCGGUGAGCACCUCGGUCAUCCUCAUGCGCCACCUGUUGCCGCCCCGCUACUGCGACCUGCUGCACAAAGCUGCGGCGCACCUGGGCUGCUGGCAGAAGGUGGACCCUGCCCUCUGCAGCAACGUCCUGCAACACAUAUGGACAGAGGAGUACAUGUGGCCGCAGGGGGUGCUGGUCAAACACAACAAGAACGUCUACAAAGCCAUGGGCCACUACAAUGUAGCGGUGCCCUCAGACGUUUCACAUUAUCGAUUUUAUUUUUUCUUCAACAAGCCCCUUCGAAUAUUAAAUAUCCUCAUCAUUCUAGAAGGUUCCAUGAUAUUUUACCAGCUCUACUCACUAAUGUGCUCAGAGAAGUGGCAUCAGACAAUAUCAUUAGCCCUCAUCCUAUUCAGCAACUACUACGCUUUCUUCAAACUGCUUCGCGACAGAAUAGUUUUGGGGAAAGCGUAUUCUUACACAUCAAGCUCAGAGCAGAAAGUUAGUUAGUGAAGUCAGUUAUUCACCCAGUAAGUCGGUCUGUCUUCAAAAGAGAACAACAAAAGAAAGAAAACGGCAUGCAUGAGAGCUUUUUAUUUUUUCUACAAAUGCAUUUUGUUUUUGAUUUUUCUUUUUUUUGUUCUGAUAUGCCAUAUUAAAAAAGAAGGUAUUUUUGUA